AUGGCCAGGCUGUUACACAACUUGGUAAAGAAGGACACACCUUGGAGAUGGGACACUAGGGAACAAGAAGCCUUCAAAGGCCUGAAGGAAGCUAUCACCAAUGCCCCAGUACUCUGCCAUGCUGACCCAACCAAACCCUAUUUCCUAGAGAUGGACACCUCUGGCACGGCCCUGGGUUCCAUACUUAGCCAACAACAGGAAGACAGUUGCUUACAUCCUCUGGGAUUCUUGUUGGAAUCCUUCAAAGGUGCCAAACAGAAUUACAACACCCACAACAAGGAACUCCUGGCAAUCAUCCGUUCAUUUGAAUACUGGCAAAUCUUCCUGGAAGGGACCCUGCACCCCAUCACCGUGUUCACCAAUCACAGGAACCUAGAGUACUGGAAGGAGUCAAGAACAUUCAACUGUUACCAUGCACAAUGGCACCUCCUACUAGCUGGGUACAACUUCCAAAUUGUAUACUGCCCUGGUAAACAGUCUGGAAAACCAGAUGCCUUAUCCUGCCAAUCCAAUCAUGCCAACAUUCCCCCUGACAACCAGACCAUGUUACCCAACCCUAUAUUUGUCAACAUAGCCAUAGUCACACCCAAAAAAGAGCUCCAGUGCCAAAUUGAGGCUGCCCUAGACCAAGACAAAUCCCUAGAGGAAAUCUUACAAUUCCUCCAAAACAGUCAAAGGCACCCCCAUCCAUCAAACAAGCGGAGAAUUGUGGUCCUGGAUGUGGGAGCCUUACAAACAGAGUUACUAAGGAUUUACCACAACAGCCCCUUGGCAGGACACCCUGGGAGACAACAAACCCUGGAACUGUUAUCAUGCACCUACUACUGGCCAGGCAUCUGCGCCAACACAUAUUGGCAUCCAAAGUACUCUCCCAUACUGCCUCAGCCCCUUGAGCUCCCUACCAGACCAUGGCAACAUAUAUCUUACAAUAUGAUAGUAGACUUGCCCAAAGACAGUAACAACAACUCUAUCCUAGUCAUUGUGGAUAGUUUUACCAAAUAUGUCAUCCUGGUGGAAUGCUUGAAAAAGCUCAAAGCUCCAGCACUGGCAGACCUAUUCCUACAGCAUGUGUGGAAACGCUAUGGCAUGCCCAAAAAACAGUCUUGGAUUCACCUAGGGAUAGACCCCCACUUCUCUUUGGCUUACCACCUGCAAAGCAACGGACAAACAGAACAAGUAAACCCCACAGUCAAACACUUCUUACGGGCUUACUCAGGAACUAAUCAGAAGGACUGGGUCAAAUGGUUACCUAUGGCGGAGUUUGCCUAUAACAACGCAGUACAUAGCAGCACUGGCAAAUCUCCAUUUAAGGCACUAUAUGGAUGGGAGCCCUCUCUGACCCCAAGCAAUGUUCCAACAAAUGUCCCAGAAGCAGAUGACAUGGAAAUCAAGGCCGCACUCCGGCAAUCCAAGACACGUAUGGUAGCCAGAGAAGCAGGAGAACCACUGGAAUUCAAAAUUGGAGAAGAGGCCUGGUUGGACGCCAGAAAUGUGAAACUGAAAACCCUGAGUCCAAAGUUAACCAAGCAACGCCUAGGUCCCUUUAAGAUAAUUGAGAAAAUCUCUGACCAAGCAUACCAUCUAGAGCUUCCGCCAACCAUGAGGAUCCACAAUGUCUUUUAUGUGGGGCUACUAUCUAAAGUCAGAAGGGACAAGAAACAUACCUUUGAAAAUUGCCCACCACCAGUCACUGUGGACAGUGAAGAGGAAUACAAGGUUGAAGGCAUAACAGACGCUGAGGAAAGAGACGGGAAAUGGUACUUCUGGGUAAAAUGGAAGGGAUAUGGGUCCAAAGAGAACACAUGGGAACCUCAAGAGAACCUAAACACACAUGUCAUAACCCAUAUCUGGAGGGGUUAUUACCAUAUAUAUCCACUGUCAAAGAUAUAUAGUAUAUAUGAUGCACAGUGA